UCCUGUUCUCAGAUGGAGUUUCCAGCGGAGCUUGCACACAUCUCAGCAACAGUCGCAGCAGCAGUGAUGAAUGGGGCUCACAGACAUUUAUUCCUUAGAAGAUCCCAGGAAGGAAUCGCUUUUAACUGUCCUUAAGAGCCAUGCUACUGUACCUUCUGCUUGUCCUGGGAUUGCUGGAAGAAGGUAUCUGCAUGAACCGACCUCAAACUUCCCCCCCUUGUUUAACGGUUAAGAUGAUUGCACAUUGCCAUAACCAAUCACUUCAACAAGUCCCACUGGAUCUACCCUCUGGUAUCCAAACCCUAGACCUGUCCAACAACGACCUUGAGAAUAUCACAGAAGAUCCCCUAAUGAUCUAUUCGUUUCUGGAGAGUCUUGACCUCAGCUCUAACCAACUAAGCUUCAUUCAGCUGCACUCUUUCAAAGAAAUGCACCAAUUAAAGGAUAUUAAUUUAUCGGGCAACAACUUGGACAGUUUUGUCUAUUAUGGAUUAUCAGGAAUCGGGCUGUUGCCUUAUGUUGAAACAUUAGACCUAUCACGGAAUAGUUUGUACAAUGACAUGACUGGGUUCUUCAUACAGGAAGCUCCACACCUCCGUUAUCUCUCUUUGCAUGAGAAUAGCAUUACAACAGUUUCCUCAGAUAUGUUUCAGGGGUCUCCGUUACUAGAAAAAGUGGAUCUACACAAUAACAUUAUCAUGGACAUAGAGGAAGGGGCUUUUGAAUACCUUAAGCACCUCUCCACAAUCAAUCUCUCCAUGAACUCCAUCACUUGCAUCUCAGAUUUUAACCUUCAUCAACUGAAAGUUCUAAAUCUGAGCAAUAACAGCAUUAAAACUUUCCAUACGCCCGACUCGGAUGAAGAAUACCUUCUGGAGAACUUGGACCUCAGCCACAAUAAACUAUCCAGUUUCCCUCAGUUACCCCUGGUUAACAACUUGAUCCUUAUAGACCUGUCAAAAAACUAUAUUCGUUUGGGCACAGAACCGUCUGGCGAUGACCAAGAUUGGAUGAAUUACUCCUAUCAACUUGAAUUUGGACAUCAAAACUCUAAAAACAUCAGCACUGUUCCUCUGCCGAGGCUCAUCCAUUUAGACUUGAGCUACAAUAACAUCAAAUCCAUCCCAGAUGAUUUCUUUUUGACUAUACCAGCCCUUACUUUCUUAAACUUAAGUAAAAAUUGCAUUCAGGUUUUGUCUUUGGGUUACUUCAGUGGGUUGAACUCAUUGGUCACCCUUGAUCUAAGCUCCAAUUCUAUCCAGAAUCUCUCUCUGGGUACACACUCUUUGCCCAGUUUACAAGAACUUUACUUACAACACAAUCAGAUUCACCUGCUGGAACCCAGAAUCUUUCAAAAACUGGAGAGCAUUGUUGUGCUCCAUCUUCAAGGGAACCGUGUUGGUCCGUGUAUGAAGGGUUUGGGCAAAGCAAAACGGAGAACUCACACGGAGGAAUAUAGGUGCAUAGAAUUUUUUAACAUUCCUAGCCUCCAACAUUUAAACCUCAGAGAGAACAUGAUACAAAGGAUACCACACUCUGCCUUUUGGGGGACUUCUCUGAAAGUUCUUGAUCUGUCAAUGAACGUGGGUGUUAAAAUGAAGCCAAAUGUGUUGUCCGGCUUGGAAAAGACCCUCGAAGUGUUAUUUAUGGAAGGAAAUGGCCUUCCGUCAUUGAACGUGGACCUCCCUCUUUUUACUCAUCUGAAGUAUUUAAACUUAUCGGGGAACCAGUUAUCAUCGCUGCCUGAGUGGAACAGCAAUUGCCACCUAGAAACCCUCGAUCUGAGCCUCAACAGCUUCACUGACCUGGAAGUUAGCAAUAUCCAAGUAUUAGAGAACACCCUAAAAACUCUUUCUUUGUAUGGAAACCCUCUCAGUUGUUGUGCGAACACAUGGAUUUCUCAUAUGAUUCAGAGGACCGCGGUGAUGUUUACAUCCCUCAAUGCCACCACGUGCAACGUCUCCAAGCUUUACGAAGGAGAAAUACCAGUUGAACAGAUGAAUCCGGACAUCUGCGAAAAGGACUGGAAGAAAGUGAACAUUAUUGUGACUUUGGUGCUGGUGCUGUCGCUCGUUGCCAUUGGAAUUUGUUUUCUCCUCUAUUUUUACAGAAAUAGAUUGAAUAGGAAAUAUAAAGCGUAACGGUGGCUGCAGUAUCAGGCUCCGGUGGGUCAUGUUUGUCUUGAGACAGCGUAACUAUAUCGAUCAAUGAAUAUCAAAUAAAAUACCGAUUCCUAAUGAGGGUUUCCAAUUCCACCUGCCAAGGGAGGCGACACAAGAUGGCAUUAGAGGGUCGAUAUUGAGUUUAUCAGCUUUUUGGUCACCAACUCUUGGUAAUGGUGAUCAUAAUACCACACGUCAUAACUUUAAUGGGAUGUUACCAUUAUUUAUUACCCUACGUUGUAACCCAUAUUUUUCUUAUUUAUAUUCUUUUAUGCUCUCAAAUAGUGGAAAGUCACUCAUCCCCCCUCUCUUGGUAGGGCAUCUCUGACUGUCCUUACAUCAAAGAAACCCUUCAUAUGCUGAUGGUGAAAUCUUGUUUCCUCCCCACCAAUGAAUCACUCAUUCCCCCUCUCUUGGUAGGGAAUCCC